AAACAGUCCGGAAACGGAUAACUUUCUUUGUAACAUUGUUUAGUGUAAAAUUUUGGUUACAAGUAACUAGUUACUUUGAGCUUGUUUUUCAAAUUAAACGGGAACCUGCAUUACAGUUUAUUUUUAUUGUGAUGAAAAUUUCUUGAUCAUUUUGAUUGUUCAUUUUCUUACCGGUUAAGCAUUGUCUUUAACCCAUCUUGUUGAAAUUUAAUAAUGUCAGUGAAGGAAGAGUUACCGACACAACAAAGUUUAUAUUUAAAAGUUAUCUUGGGUGAUAUCAAUGUCACAUUGAGCAACAAUGAGAAAAAAUUUAAGUACAAAGAACAAUAUGAAAAAUUUAAGCUGAUAGUUAAUGCUUUGAUACUUGUUGUGGCCGUUUUGGAUAUUAUGUUCAGUUUCAGAGUUAUAGAUGCAUGUCUCCAUUUCCUACUUGUUUGGUAUCAUUGUACGUUGACAAUUCGAGAAAGUAUUCUAAUCGUUAAUGGCUCUAGAAUCAAAGGCUGGUGGAGAGCUCUCCAGUUUAUUACUGGUAUUAAAGCAGGAAUCAUAAUUGUUUGGCCUGAUGGUUUAAUGUAUGACCUUUUCCGAAGACAAUUUCUCUACUAUAUUGUUUACACAAGUUUCCUUCAAUUCCUACAAUUCUAUUAUCAACAUAAUUGUUUAUAUCGAUUAAGAGCUCUGGGUGAGCGAUACGAAAUGGACAUUACCAUUCAAGGAUUUCAUUCGUGGAUGUGGAGAGGAUUAGGUUUUCUGAUACCUUUCCUUUAUCUAGGUUAUGCAUUUCAGUUUUACAAUGCUUACACAUUGUACAAUUUAAGUAAACACCCUCAAUGUAGUGAGUGGCAGGUUGCUGUUUCCUCUUUUAUAUUCUCUGUCAUCUUUCUGGGCAACACCAUAACAACUUCUCUAGUCGUUCAACAGAAGUUCAAAGAAAAAAUGAUCAAAGGUAUUCAACAAACUUACAAAAACUUACCCAGCUGUCCUUCUGUUCCAAAUCUUUUGAAAAAAGAUCAACACCAAGAGUGAUAAAACUAAAGACAAGAACAAUACUUGUUAAGUGAUGGAAAUCAUCAAAAAAAAACAAGAACUAAAAAAGAAGACAAAAAAAUCUAAUUCGCUUCAGCCUCUCAAUUGUAUUAUCAUAUCCUAAAGUGAUUUAAACUAAGAUGAGAUUAAUAAUUAACUCUAUUAUUUUACUAUCUCAAAUGAAGACUCAUGCAUUUUUCAUUUUAAAAUGUUAAAUUAUUCAUGACCUUGCAUAUUGUAUACAAUUAAUCUGAAUCGAUUUGAAACAGUUUGUAGUAAAACAAAUUGUGUCCAAAAACCGAUGGCAUCUAUCAUUGUAACAAUUAAAUUGGAAAUUUUUCAAGUCAUUGAUGCACUUUCGCUCUGAAA